UCUGUGUGAAGUCAAGUCAAGAAACGAAUUCAAGCAUCGCACUUCUUCUGUUUCGUGGUUUCAAGAGCCUUGUUUUGUUAUCAGUAAAGGGGAGCAGUUUUGAUGUCAAGCGGAAGGGGCCGAGCGCCGAGGAGCUAAAGACUAAUCAAAGCAAGCUGCACACGAUCGCUAACCCAACCGCUGUUUAACGUGCAAUCCCGUCAGCAGUAGCAGCCAUGGGGAACAUAUUUGGGGGCCUGUUCAAAUUCUUCGGCAAGAAGGAAAUGAGGAUCCUGAUGGUGGGCCUUGACGCCGCUGGUAAAACCACCAUCUUGUACAAGCUCAAACUCGGGGAGGUUGUCACCACCAUUCCAACAAUAGGUUUUAAUGUGGAGACGGUGGAGUACAAGAACAUCAGCUUCACGGUGUGGGACGUCGGCGGUCAGGACAAGAUUCGACCGCUGUGGCGUCAUUACUUCCAGAAUACACAAGGUCUCAUCUUCGUGGUGGACAGCAACGACCGAGAGCGAUGCACCGAGGCCCGCGAGGAGCUCAUGAGGAUGUUGGCGGAGGACGAACUGCGUGGCGCUCUGUUGUUAGUCUUGGCUAAUAAGCAGGACCUUCCUAACGCCAUGACGGCAGCUGAGAUCACAGACAAGCUGGGUCUUCACUCCCUACGCGACAGACAAUGGUACAUCCAGGCCACGUGCGCCACCCACGGGGAAGGCCUCUACGAGGGACUGGAGUGGCUGUCCAACAGGCUGAAGAACCUCUAAAGGGCACCUGACAUCUUUUUUUUUUUUGUUUUUUUUUUUACAUUCUGCCUUUACUGAGCUGUUGUUACCACAGACGUACCGGACGAUUGGUCCGUUCGGCUAAAGCUGACACGUUUGUAUUUUAUGUAAGUGUAAUAGAUUGUGGUAACGGGGCAGCUUUAACUUGACUUAUUUUUUCUAGCGUGAUUGUUUUUGUGUCACUGGUUGGGUGAUAUGAGGGAAGCGCGGGAAUGACUUUUUCCCAGCAAAUGUAGGAUCAAUUGGCAAAAAAAAAAAAAAAAAGAUGCACUCGCGGGAGUUUCAGUUUUUGCCAGAUUCUCAAAGCUCCAAAGCCGCUUCUCGUUUGGUGAACACUGGAAUAUGUUUUAACGCAGCAUAUCCCCUAAGAUCUACCUGCUUUGUUUGUUGAAAAAGCAUUUUCUUUUUCUAUUCAGUCAGUCUCAGGGCCACAUUUGCCUUAAAGUGCGUACACUAAUUAAAAAAAAAAAAAAUGCACACAUACCUUGUAUACAUUGUGUGAGGUUACAUGUCGUGGCAGUCCAGGAUGCCUUUUGCAAAGUGAAGCAAGGAUUAAAAUCCUCAUUGCAAUAAAGUCUUCUACAUUUCCUGCUUUGCACAUUGUCAGGUUUAGUGGAAAGAGGAUGUUAAUCGUAUGCUUUCAUAUACAAAGUCGUGUCGCCAUUUUUUUU